GAUCACCGUUUGACAUUUCACUGACUGAACUUUCCUUUACUCAUAUUCCACUUUACACUCAGAAUACCCGUUUUUCUACUUAGGUUACCAUGGCGGACGUCAGAUCUAUGCUCAGGCAAGAACGGGCAGCAAGAGAGCAGAGCAAAACGAAAAGACGAGCUCCUGUGCCACCGACGAUUGCAUCCACGAGCAAGAAGCGUAAAGCGAGCGAUGAUGACGAAGUUGCCCAAACACGCAAAAAGAACAAGGCCAAGCAGGACAAGAGUCUUCCGUCUGGUUACUUCGAGGCUGAGUCGGCAGUGGAAGAAAAACCUGUGGUCGAAACACCAGCACCCGUUCAGGCAGAACAACCCAAAGCAUCUGCAACCAUAACCGCGGCUGUUCCUCCGAUCGCACAUAUAAAAGAUAGCGAUGUAGAUGAGGAUGAAUGGGCAGCAUUUCAGCGAGAGGUUGCCAUGCCACCCUCGGAAGAAACAAAUCGUGCGGCGAUCCUGGCACUAAACACGAAUGCUGUCAUAGCAGCUGCACCGUUGACCGCUGCAGACCUAGCUGCACAAGCACGAGAAGAGCAGAGCGCGCAAAGAGGAAGACGCGACGCAGAGCUCGAGGAAGAAAAAGAGGAAGCCGCGCGUCAUCUGGAGGAAGAAUUUGACGAAAUGGAAGAACUGGAGGAAAGAGUGAGGAAGCUCAGAGAAAAACGCGAGGCGCUUCGAAGGGGACGGGAGGCCAGUCAGAAGGCUCCCAUAACGUCGGAGGCGGUCACUACCCCGAAGCCUGAUGAACCUGAAGGUUCGAGCGAUGAGGGUUCAGACGAGGACUGGGACGACUGGCGAUUCAAACCUGCAUGAGAGCUUCUGCUGUCUUCAAAAGGUUUGGUCGGAGGUGGACGAGAACGUACGCCCUCAGUAUACCUUCCUAAUCCAGCCGACCACAAACUGGCUACCAAUGCGUCGACUUGCGCUUAGAAGAAAGGCGGCACAGGUUUUGUAUAUACCGACCCGUCUAGUGUCUCUCAGAAGACUUCAUAU